ACACACACACACACACACUUCGGCGGCUCUCAAAUAAGAAAGGACCCACAAUUUACCUGUGUUGAUCCUGGGAACUAAAAUGUACUCAUCGGGAGACUAAAGCAGCCUGAAUAAUAAUUUUGUCAACUACAAGAACAUAUAAGGUUUCUCCACAUCAUGAUAAUGAGCAACAAGUGGAAAGUCUUGCUGCCGGUGUCUGUGGUCCUCACCCUCACAGGCCUAACACAAAGCUUCCAACCACUCUUUGUGUCUGAUGGAAAUUCAAGCACUCACCGCGACAUCACCCAAAGGGCCGUUCUUCAAAAGACUGCUGAAGUCUGUAAAGACAUGGCUGUGGCGGAUGGAAGGGACUUUGUUUUAACUAUUGAUGACAGUCUCACAGUUGAGCAAGUACAAGCGGCAUGUUCAUUUUCAGACAAUUCCCCCUCACUUCUGUCCAGUGUCUCGUUCCAUAUUUCCAUUGCCAAUAUAUACUUGAGCAAUGCCAAUGUGGAUUUGGUAUCUGCGCUGAGUGAUGAGCACCAUUUUGAUGGUGAGACGUUCCAAAAAGGGAGAGACCUAAUCACACAAGGUGUGUCUUCUGUAAAGGCCAGUGUAAAACUGGAGAACUUCAACACUGCACGCUGGACUCUCGGUCGUAUAUGUCACACACUACAGGACUUCUACAGCCACAGUAACUGGGUGGAGCUAGGGAAUACAUUUCCUUACAAUGCCCUGAUCAAACCUGACCAAACUAUCGUAAAUGUGGCCGGAAUAAAUAUUUCAACGUGUAGAAACUGCACAGGAGACAAUUGUGAUGACAACAUUUUGCCUGACGUACUCGAGCAAGGACUUCUUACUUCAGGAUACUUCAGCGUCAUAUCGCCAGACAAACCAGAUGGUAAAUGCAGCCAUGGAGGUUCUCUUGACCAAACGAGUAAACGUGACCCAAUUGGGGGCAUCAAUAAAGACACGAUUGAGUCCAGCCAUGGUUCACUUCACCAAGAAGCAGCAAAUUUGGCCUUGAAUGCCACUAUGGAGCUUCUGGAGGACAUCAGAACAGCUGUAGGAGACAAGAACUUCACACGACUGAUGGGCCUCUCCCAGUCCUCUGCACUGUGUUUUGUCAUCGACACGACAGGCAGCAUGAGCGAUGACAUAGCAGCAGCGAAAAGAAUUUCCUUUGACAUCAUUGACAGUAAGAGGGGAACCCAAGAGGAGCCUUCGGCCUAUAUAUUGGUUCCGUUCAAUGAUCCAGGAUUUGGACCUUUGCUGUCGACGACCGAUGCAGACAAAUUCAAAGAAAGCAUCAAUGGACUGACUGCCAGUGGCGGUGGAGACAUUCCAGAGUUGUCCUUGUCUGGACUGCAGCUUGCCCUUACUGCUGCUCCAUCCUUGUCUGAGAUAUUUGUCUUCACUGAUGCUCCAGCAAAAGAUGCUUUUCUGGAAAGCACCAUCACUGCCCUUAUAGAAAGCACAAAGUCUGAAGUGACUUUCAUGUUGACGGAUGUCUUGUCCAGUCGACGCAAAAGAACACUGAAUCGAGCUGAUGCCGAACUGUACCGUAAUAUUGCCCGGGCCUCUGGAGGUCAGGCCAUUGAGGUUAGCAAGGCAGACCUUGCUCUAGUGACAAGUGUCAUAAGGGAUUCCUCAUCGAGUGCCUUGGUUACGGUCUUUCAAAUUGUGAUCAAGCCCGGAAAGCCUGAUAAUUUUACAUUUACUGUUGAUAAUUCGCUACAAAACAUUACUAUUUACAUCACAGGAACCCCUUCUCUCUCCUACAAUCUGACCAGCCCCACAGGUGUUUCUCAGAACUCGAGUGAUUCUAGUGGUCCUUUAGCAUCUUCGAGCUUGGCUGGUAACCUACGGAGACUGGCCCUGAACAAUGACAGUGAAUCAGGAGUGUGGAAACUCAAUGUAGACUCUAAUGACCCCUACUCAGUGAAGGUCACAGGUCAAAGUUCAAUGAACUUCAUCUACAAUCUUGUGGAAGCCCGUGAAGCAAUCCAUGGUGAUUUCUUUCUAAAGGAGGGGCGUCCUAUUACAGGUGGUAAUGCCACCCUCUUGGUCACAGUGACAGGAAGUGACAGUGUAAUGAUUCCAGAGGUCACGUUGUAUGACAGCUCAGGGCCAACGGAAGUCACCGGGACCUCAGAGUCAUUAGGAGGGUCAAACUUCCUAGUGACAUUUAAUGAGAUUCCAGCUGGUGAUUUUGUGGUUCGGUUGGAAGGAGAAGAGAGCAACUCAUCAGCAAGGGCAACUCCAACCAGGUUCAUGAGGCAGGCCCCCACUCAGCUUAGGACUUCAAGCAUUUCUAUAACGGCCCAAGCCAACAGUACCAGCAUAGAACCAGGCUCCACAGUGUCUGUCCCUUUCAAUGUCACCAAAACAACUGGUGGAGUCGUUAACGAGAGCGCAACUGGGACUUUCGCCGUGCGUGCUACCAAUGACCGCAGCUUUACCUCCACAUCGCCCAGUUCUGUGACCAUAGAAACAGACAGCGGCGGGAAAGCAAAUGGCACUGUGACCUUGACCGUUCCCGACAGUGUGGCAUCGGGGAAUGAUGUCACGCUUACGAUUGAGGCAGAGGAUGAAGCUUCCAGUGAUAUCAACUAUGUUGUGCUAAGAUUUUCAGUUGCUGCUGUGGUGACUGAUGUUAGCAGUCCAGUGUGCCAAGAGGUCAGUACAUCCCCCAACUGUUCCUCUUCCUCAUCGCUCUGUGACUCCUCCCAGUGGGGAUUUGUGGCCAACGUGACCGACGGUGUAAAUGGGACGGGUAUUGAUAGAAUCACCGUCAGUGAAGGGAACGGCACUCUCAACACAACCCAAGUAGUCGGGCCAGGGGGCGAGAACAUCACCGUGAUCUCCUACCAGGCUUCCUGCUGUGCAGACAGAGUUGAGCUGUCUGUUGUGGACAAUGUAGGAAAUGUUGGAGUUUGUGUGGGCCAGGUGAGACAGUCCACCACAGUUGCUCCUAUGACUCCAACUAAUGGGACUACAACUAAUGUGACCACCACGCCCAACGGAGGGCACACCUUGAGCACAACACUUUGGGUCUGGACAACAAUUGUGGCACUCCCACUUUGGAAAUGAAAGAGAUGCAUUGAAUUAAAUUGAUUGCAGCACAUUAUGAAGAUACUGUGAUUAUAUAUCAUGUCAUCAAAUCUAUAUAUUGGUGUUUGGAUGAGAAUUGUAAUUUUUAUAAGGUUUAUAUACUUAUUCUAAAAUUAUGUUUAUUGUAUGUGGUUAGGGAUUUUUUAGGAGUAUUAUUGAAUUUCUUUAUGAUUCAGUCAAAUUAUUGUUAUAGGGUUACAGCAGUGCUCUCUCAUCUAACCACAUUUAGUACACAACAAAAAAAUGACAUGUGAGGAUAAUGCUUAAUUAACAGUUUAAUAGCGUGGCAAGAGUUGAUUAAAAAUCAUUUUGGGGCUGUA